AUAAUUUUUAAGGCUAUGUAUGCUCUGUUCAUAGCUGUUCUAAAACAUUAGCUGUAUUCUCUGUGGUGUACAGUAUAUCCUUGUAGCUUAUUUAUUUUACGCAUAGUAGUUUGUACCCCUUAAUCCCCUCCCCCAUCUUGCCCCUCCCUCUUCUUGCCCCUCCCCCAUCCUGCCCCUCCCCCUGUCUUGCCUCUCCCCCUCUUUAGAACCUUUACUCAUCCCUUCCUUUCUGCUUCCCUCAGAGAGCUGCCGGUGUUCUCAGUCGUACCCUUUCUUUCUCCUUGAAAAUCGUUGAGGAGGCUCUAAGGGCAGGAGUGGUGAAGAAGAUGAUUAAGUUCCUGAAGGCGGGAGGCCAGACUGCAUCACGUUAUGCUGUCAAGAUACUCGCCAUCUGCACCAAUAGUUAUCAUGAAGCUCGAGAAGAAGUGAUAAGAUUGGAUAAAAAGCUCAGCAUUCUGAUGAAGCUGCUUGACUCAGAGGAUGAGAUUGUGGUGGGCAACGCUGCCCUCUGCCUGGGGAACUGCAUGGAGGUGCCGCUGGCAGCCUCCUCCCUGCUGAAUACGGACAUUGUGCAGGUCUUGCUGAAGCUGGCGGGCAGCGAUGCGCAAAAGACGGAUGUCCAGCUCAACGCGGGCAUCGCCCUGGGGAAGCUGUGCACGGCCGAGCCCAGGUGCGCGGGGCUGGACUCUGUGCCUCUCGGAACCCGCGGGGAACCCAGCUACUUCUCUGGAGGAAGUCCCCCGGGGGCACUAGGGAGCUAUUAGGCUGCAGCUGGACUGGGGACGCUUUUAUGAGACAGGGAUCUUUCAAGACACCAAUAGCCAUCAUCUUCUCUCCAGUCCACUCCCACCAUCUCCUCCAUUUCUCUCCUCUUUCUCUCCUUCCUCCUCCUCCUUCCUCUCCCUCUCACACCAUCUCCACUUCU